GGGCCCCUUUUACCAGAAACCGUUGAUAGCGAGUUUGCCACCGGCAUUGCGAAGUGUUUGUUAAGCGUUCUAGCUGCAAUUGGCUAUUCUGACAGGAUCCUGUGUCGAAGUCAUUCAUAAACUGCAGCUGCAUUCAACAUGGCCCUGAGUCCAGCUCUGACCUUGACCUCACCGCCAGAUCCGGACUGUGUGUACCGGGCUGCUAUGGCGUCUACAUAUCCACGACCUUCACCUUCCUUAUGACGUUCUUCAUGGUGAUCAGUAUCUCGAACGAGUCAAUAGCCACCCUAAGGUGUGUGGAUCAGGAUCUACGUCCGUUUGCGCUUGGGGUACAGUGGGUGAUCAUGCGUCUUCUUGGUAACAUCCCUUCUCCUGUGUUCAUCGGCGCCAUCUUGGACGCUAUCUGCCUUGUGUGGAGUGACCCUGUGCCAGGGGCGGGAACUCGUUACUGCCAGAUGUAUGACAGGGAGAGGCUAGCAUACGGAUUCUGCUUCACGUGGCUGUGUGCCAACCUCUUGAGCGCAUUUUUGUUCUUAAUGGCAUCCGUUGUUAACGUGCGAAGGAACAAAACAAAGGAAAUGAGCGUUAAAAGGGAGACUGGCGCACAGAAAGACGAAGACCCCAGAAUAUAAGAAGAAUUUUGUCAUCAUAAUGUGCAUGAACAAUAUUUUAUGAAUCGUUUUGUAACACAAGGACAAA